AUGUCUUUCGUCAUUCAGAUACUGCCCCUACUGGAAAGCGUAAGUGACUGCCCUGACCGUAUGCAACUGUCCUUAACACAGGAUCCAGCGCACAUUGGCUACUUCGUUCCCUGGGUGAAGCUAUCCGACUUUCUUCGGGCGGGAGGAGAGGUCACCAUUGGACUGGUUGAUACCUACGCAUUUCUGAUCAACUACAAGCACCCGUGGGAAGAGGUUCAGCACAGGACGACAUUUUACCGACAUCUCAUUACCACCGUUCUAACGGUGAUGGGACUACCUAUGUCCAAGAUUAAAUUCGAGCAGGAAUCCAAUCACCAAGGAACACCACGAUAUAACGUGGACCUCUGGAAAUUCUGCACUUUAGUCUCCCAAGCGGAUAUUCGAGCCACGGGUGCUGAAGUCGGCGCAGCCACAUUACUCAGCCCACUGCUUACGCCAAUUGUGCAAGAGCUGAUGGUGGAAUACUUCCAGGCGGAUGUCGAGAUUGGUGGGAAAGACCAGAGAGGAAUUUACGGUCUGGGCGAGCAAUUCCUUCCACUACUCGGAUAUCGCCCCCCUGCACAUCUGAUGACUGAACUGUUACCCAGUCUGGUCGGAGGCAAGAUGUCAUCGUCUGACUCGUCAAAUUCAAAGAUCAUGUUCUUGGAUAACGCGCAGACAGUGCGGGAGAAGAUCUCCAGGGGAUCCUGUCAUCCUGGCGUCGUGGAAGCCAAUGGUAUACUACCGAUACUCAAGCAUGUUCUAAUGCCAAUCAGUGAGCUUCGGUGGAAUAACCAGAGCCAUUCACCCCAGAAGUCUGUGAGUAACGGAGAUUACGAUUUAAAUGAACACAAUGGCUCGGCGGACGUCAAGUGGCCCUUCUGUGCCAAGGACGCACCUUGGGGCACUCUUUUCAGCAUCCCAGUACGAAACGUCGGGUGCGAGUGUAAGGUGUACACACAUUACCAAUCAUAUGAGGCAAUCGAAAACGACUACAAGGAAAAGCUUAUAACACCCGAGACACUGAAGGAUGCGGUUGCCUCGGCCUUGAAUGAAUUACUGGACCCUGUCCGACAGGCGUAUGAGGGUAAUGAGGAAUGGCGUGAGGCGGACCGGAUGGGCUAUCCUGAGGAUUGGAUAUGA